CGCAUCAAAAAACCCCCACCGGUUCUUCCCUCCGCAUCGCCAGUCGAGACCAACAAUGCAAAGUGCGGUGUCCAAGCUUCUCCUGUCCAAUAUCUCGAGAAGGCUGUGCAGUCUUCCUAAGACUUGGAUAGGUGAGCGAUGUGUACCAGGAAUCGGUUUCAGUACGAGCAGCAAAUCCGGCCGGUCGAUGAGAGGCGAAAGAGGUGAUGGCGAUGACUCGGAGGAUCUCUUCCUUCGAAAUCUUAACUUUGGGGAGGAAGGUAGCGGAGAGAGGCAAAGGGCGCGCCAGGAAGGCUCUUUUGAACGACCCUCCUCUAGGCCAACGUUUCGCGGUGGCGAGGAAAGGCGAAAGAUGCCGCCUUUGCCUGAGGAUGGCAUCGAUGAAGCUUCAGAUGAUCUUUUCCAUGAUUUUGACUUGGGCGAAGACGAGCUUGGUAUGACUGGUAGUGGUCUGCAAGGCCGUUCUCGCAGCAGAGCUACACGAAGAGCCCCUCCAAGGGAGGAUUUUAAUCAGUCAACACAGGCUUCAUUCAAGGAUUUUGGCCGAGAUUAUAUGGGCGACUUUGAGAAUCCACAAUAUAGAUCGCCAUCAGGAUCUGCCAGUGGAGACAGGAUUGAAGAUUCAAGAUAUGGAUCACCUUACAUUGGUAGCGGAUCAGAGGAUUUGGGUGGUGGGCAGAGGGGAAGAGAUCGAAUCGGUGAUUCACUAGCUCAAAAGUUUAAUCUUGGACCAUCUGGGCAGCAGAAGAAGACGGAUGAAGCCGAUCAAAACAAUUCAGAUUCGACAAAACCUAUCUCACUGGAGGCGCCACCAGAAGAUGCUGAUGAGAUUUUCAAGAAGAUGAAGGAGACUGGCGUUAUACCUAAUGCUGUCGCCAUGCUUGACGGCCUCUGCAAAGAUGGGCUAGUUCAAGAGGCCAUGAAGCUGUUUGGAUCAAUGCGUGAGAAGCGCACAAUGCCAGAGGUUGUGAUUUACACUGCUGUUGUGGAAGGGUUCUGCAAGGCGGCAAAAUUCGAUGAUGCUAAGAGGAUUUUCAGGAAAAUGCAGAACAAUGGAAUCACGCCUAAUGCAUUUAGCUACAAGAUUCUCAUUCAGAGCUUGUGCCAAGAAAAGAAAUUGGAGGAUUCAGUUGAGUUCUGCAUGGAGAUGCUGGAUGCUGGACAUCAACCAAAUGCGGCUACUGCGAUUGGUUUGGUGGAUGAGUUCAUUAAAGAGAAAGGAGUGGAGGAAGCUGAUAAUUUUGUGAAGAAGUUGCUCGGGAGAGGUUGGAUUCUUGACGACAAAGCAAUCCGAGAGCAUUUGAACAAGAAAGGACCAUUCUCACCAUUGAUUUGGGAGGCCUUCUUUGGGAAAAAGGCAUCACGAGGUCCAUUUUGAUCUCUUUCUAAGUAAUCACAAACUUCUAUUUUCAUGUUGAUCGAUGAUUCACUCUUUGCCAUUACCAACAUUGGUAGUUACUGAUACUUGAUGCAUAUGUUAUGAGAAGGGAUCUUGUGGAAUCUGAAUGGCAAGUGAACUUGCAACGCAUAGUAUGCUUAUUCCAAAUUCUAGCUCCAUUUUCACAAUCAAUCAUCUUUAAGCCAAAA